CAUAGAGAAACAUACACACAAUUUCAGCAUCACUGGCUAGAAAUGAUGCUCUAAACAUUAAAACAGUUGAAAAGAUGAUAUUUUGUUAAGUUAGAAAGUAGAAGAGUGCCGAUUUGAAAAAGAAUCAGCAAAAUAUUCAUUUCCUUGACACGAAGGCCACUACCAGAGGAGGGAGAUAUGGACUCUUCCUGCACACUUGGUGAGGAGAGAACAUCUCCACCCAACUCGCUUCAUAUCAGUGGAGCUUCGGGUCACCGCAAACGCCGCACACUUGUAGCCCCAGAUAUGAACCUAUCCUUGGAUCAAAGUGAAGGGUCCCUGCUUUCUGACGAUUUCCUGGAUACGCCUGAUGAUCUAGACAUUAAUGUUGAUGACAUUGAAACUCCUGAUGAGACAGACUCUUUGGAGUUCCCAGCCAAUGGCAAUGACCUGGAAUGGGAAGAUGACACACCAGUAGCCUCAGCCAACUCGGGGCCUGUGGAAGGGGUUGAAGAUGAGGGGGAUGUUGGAAAUGGUCGCUUGUGGAGGACUGUCAUCAUUGGUGAGCAGGAGCACCGUAUCGACAUGCAGCUCAUUCGGCCAUAUGUGCGUGUCAUCUCGCAUGGAGGUUACUAUGGUGAAGGCCUGAAUGCCAUCAUCGUGUUUUCUGCAUGCUAUUUGCCCGACAGCAGCUGUCCAGAUUACCAUUAUAUCAUGGAAAACCUCUUUCUGUAUGUAGUGAGCAGCCUGGAGAUGCUGGUGGCUGAGGACUACAUGAUAAUCUAUAUGAACGGAGGAACGCCACGCAGCAAGAUGCCUGGAAUCAGCUGGCUGAAAAAGUGCUAUCAGAUGAUUGACAGAAGAUUGAGGAAGAACCUCAAAUCUUUGAUCAUUGCACAUCCAUCCUGGUUCAUACGCACAGUCCUGGCCAUCUCCAGACCCUUCAUCAGUGUGAAGUUUAUGAACAAAAUCCGCUACGUGCACAGCUUGGAAGAACUGGAACAAAUCGUCCCCAUGGAGCACAUCCACAUCCCUGAGUGUGUCAUACAGUAUGAUGAAGAAAGGAUCAAAGCACGAAAAGAACGGAUGGAAGAAGAGAGGGAGCAUCAGCCACAAGAAAAACAAGAUUCAGCAAAUACAGACGGACCAUCAGCAACAACCACAACAAGAGUAGAAGAACCAGUCCUGUGAGAAACAUCCCGAAGCUAGAAAGCCUUUCCGUAAAAGACCCUCUUAUCUGCUGAUCUAAGUCCAGCUUCCUCAUUUACUGUCCCGCUAUGGUCUGUAAUCACACAAAUCACACACU